AUGAGAUUUGCACGGCGACGACGGACGAUUCGACUUCAGAAGACGAAGAAGGAGCGACGUCGUCGGGACGAAUGCGCGGAGCCGAGUGAGGCGACGGGCGGCGUGAACGAUGCCACGUCAUGCAUGCAAUGCGUUAGACAAAUACCACUUUCCUUAUUCACGGGGCCGUGUACGACGAGUGUUAGGAUUAGACACCAUUCCUGUGAUAAUACAGCACAAAUCGAUUUCUUCGAUGACGCGCCAGGUCCUGAGAGUUGAAAACUGAAAAAUGACACGUCGAAUGGGGCUUAUCUGCAGUAAGCCCAAAAAACUGAACUGCUGAUAAAGGAGGAGGUCUGGUUGAAUUCUUCACGAUGAAAUCUUUGUCAAUGGGUCCAAAAACUUCUACACAUUGAUAACUCAACCAUAGCAGUGGGUUCGAACAGAAACUUUGUGAAGAAAUCUUCAAAUUACGUCAUUUCCGCAUUUGGAAUAUGAUAACCACUGUAGAAAAACAUUUUUCCUCGCCAAAACAUUUUACAGCAUUGUCAUAUUUUUUGAAAAUUAGUCAGCGAGAAAAUUUUCCUCUAGCAAAUCUAUAAAAAUGUUCAAUGUGACUAUUUUUCAUUUUAUUUUUUUUUUCUAUCAAUUCAGCCGUACUCAUUUGUAUUUUUUGUUAAAAGUAAGCUCAAUAAGGUUCAGAUGAAUCAGUGAAAAAAAAUGUCCUGCAGAAACCGAGAGAAUCUCGGUUAUCUUGAGCAGAAGGCGGAUCUUUUUCCCGAACGGAACAAGAGCUGAGUGAACGAUUUCUCUGCAAAGAGCCUUAUGAAGAUGGAUCGUGGAAGUGCGAAAAGGAUUGUGUUACAUAUAAUACGCGGCUCUCAAAGGACUCGUUCUGUCCGAUGAAUUCGGACGUCAGCGGCGGCUGCCCUGUGAAAUCUUCGAAGGCAAGGUUGGUCCUUUUGCGACAAAUGAGAAGAUUUCGCUCGAGCGUGUAAUGGAUAUCGGGAAAUCUUAGAAGCAUGUCCAGCGCAGAUAGGCAAAGUAAACUUGUAACAAAAUCCGGAGGGUUUUGGACAAAGUCAACUUUGGCAUUCGGGAGUCGAGUCCGACUUCCCGUCGUCAGAAUUCCCUCGCGCCGGAGAAACGCGUCAAUCGCGGCGGCACUGCCGCGGCGCAAUCAGCUUCUGAUGCCCAGGAAACGGAGGUCCGAAGACAUGGAUUGUCGUCCGCUGGCUCAGCUCGAGGAGCCUGAGGACGACCUGCAGCCGACCCUCGACCGCUUCGCCGAAGACACUUCCAUGCUCGGCUUUCGUUAUCUUCACACACGAUACAAAACGUGGUUCCGGUGAGUCUCAUGUACACAAAAACGUCUGAUUUCAGACAAUUCUCGAGAAUCAAUAUAGAAGAGGCGUGAAAAUGAGUUAAGGAGUCUACUUUCAAGUUUAUAAGCAUUUCUCAUUAAAAAUUUUCUCCUUUGAAUUAAAAAAAAAAAUUAACCUGGAUGUCAAAUUUUAACGCGGUAUCAAAAAGAUUUAUAUGGUAGAAAAAAAGAGGCGAGUGCCGCAAUACUGCGUGAAAAGAACCAUCUGUGCUUUUAUGAAAGAAAUUUCAGAAGUUUCUUGUUUUUUUUUUCUUUGCAUUUUCAGCGCUGAGUGAUAUCAAAAACGAGGUGCGAUUGAGAAAAUGACUCAGAAGUUUGAUGUUGAUAGGUAGUUUUCGUAUUUAUUAUGUUUUUUUUUUGAAGUUGUCUUGAAAUACUUUUCAAACUUUCAUCAUUUUCUCCUGCUUUUAGGGUUCUCUGGGCUCUGGUGCUUUUUUUCUUCAUAGGUCUGACACUCUAUCAAGUCGGAGAACGCAUAACCUACUAUUUCAUAAGGUGAACGUUGAAGUCAGAAAAUGAAGAACAAGUUGUUUUGAGAAACCCGCUGACGACACGGCGGAGCUACGAAACGUUGCCAAAGAUGUAUUUUCCCACAGUCGGUGUCUGUAAUAAAAUGCAACUCAAGUUUUUUUUUCCAAAGAUGUUUUGGCAAAUGCUGAGUUUUCAGGGCGUCAGCAGUGGCUGCGCGAGAUUCGGACCUUCUCAAAGCGCUCUGUUUGGUACACGAAAACAACGGCUCCGUUUAGAAAUGUUUCUUUCGUAGAGCUCAAAAGUUUUUUCAGGUCACCAAAAACAGAACAAACUUGAAGUACCUAAACAAUUUCGAUGCAGUCGACUUAAUGGACAUUUACCGCCAUGGAUUCCAAACUGCCGACGACUUAUUUGUCAGGUGGAAUCAAAAACUCCAUUUCUAUGUCGGAUCCAUCUGAAAGAAAAUGAAAAAAAAAACUUUUGUGAUUAAAUUUUGGGUCUUUUUUAAAGUGCUUGCCAGAUAAAACAAAAGACAAGUACAAAAAGUGGGCUGCAAACCUUUACGACAAUCUUAAUAGCUUGAAAAUAAGUACUUCAAAGAAAAUUAAAAGGCGCAAUGAAUAGAUUCGAAUAAAAUAGUAAUAGAUCCUUAAUUGAAAUCGUGUGACGUAUCCCAAUAUGACUUACUAGGGAACCACGCGAACUCGUAAUCGCGGAUCGAGUUCAAACUUUAGUGGUUUAUAGACCCAAGUAUACUUGAAAAUACUCAGAACAAGAGAGAAUAUCUGCUAAAAGAUAGAAAACUGAGAAAAUUUUGUCGAAAAUGUGCAGAUUAGGCUUGAAAAUUCUCAUAAUACUGCUUUUUACCUUAUUUUAUAUUUUAAUACAGUCGCCUUGAAUGAUCCGGCUAUGAUAAACUUUAAAAAACUUUUUUCAAGCCAAAAGGAGGAGGAAAGCAAAAAUUUGAUUAUUUUCAAGUCUAAACUGUUCAUUUUCAAAAAUCUUUUUCUUAGAAGCCUAUGGGGUUUAGCAGAUGAUCUCUCCUGUUUUCAAGUACUCUUACCCGGGUCUACAAGCCACCGAAGUUUCAAUUUGAAACACGUACCCGAGUCCGAGUAGUUCCCCAGUUAGGCAUUAAAAUUUAAUCAAAUUUCUGAAGAAUCUUGGAUCUGAUUGAUUUUUUCUUUAAGAAAGGAAUGAAGUUGGUUUAGCUGCGAGUUCGGGAAAAGUGGCUCGUGUCAAGACGACAUCCGGCCAAUGCUGACGCCGAACGGACUGUGCUUCGCAGUGUCGCCAAACAAAACAGUUCUGCGACCCGGUCCUGAAGCGACCUUGUCUCUGCUGCUCAAUCUAGAGGUUCACGAAAUCAUUCCUGGAAUGGCCAUCGAACCAGGCGUCAUCUUCUCCAUCUACGACGGUCAAGACUCUUUAUCGCACUUCACAGAAGGGAUCCACCUCGAGGCCGGCAAAGUCGUCACCAUCCCUGUCAAUGAAGUUCGCAAGGUACGAAACUGUCUCUUACUUUCGAGACCUGUAUUCAGCUCCAACGAUACGAAGGCAACUGCGGGACGUCGAGGAUGGACUCGUUCUCUGAAAAAGAGUACUCCAAGGCGGCCUGUGAGUGGACACGCAGCGUACGGCAGAUCGAGAAGCUCUGCCACUGCAGGCCAAUGAUCAAUCCCGUCUUUCGAGGCUACAUGAGCGGCGGUGUGAGUUCUAGUCAUUUCUCAGCCAAACUCCUUCUUUAA